CCUAUCAUAAACAAGCACCGUUCAUCUUUCAAAUUUCAAACUCCCAAGUCUAUUUCUCUCUAUAUUCAAACCAUCCAUUCUUGAAAAGGAUAAAAAAGAAAUAAAUAUGAUGAGCUAUCUUGUUUUCUCUCUUUCAUUGCUUUUAAUUUUCCUCCAUUGUUGCACCUUGACUCUAGCCCAAACUUCUGCCGCAGCCCCAGCUCCAUCCGGCCCAACCAACAUCACAAAAAUACUCGAAAAAGCCGGCCAAUUCACCACAUUUAUCCGGCUCUUAAAAACCACUCAAGCCGGUGAUCAAAUCAACACACAAUUAAAUAAUUCAAACCAAGGAAUGACUGUUUUUGCACCUACGGAUAACGCAUUCUCGAGCUUAAAAGCUGGGACCCUCAAUUCUCUGAGUUCUCAACAACAAGUUUCGCUAGUUCAAUUUCAUUUACUUCCCAAUUUUAUUUCAAUUUCACAGUUUCAAACUGUGAGCAAUCCGUUAAGGACACAAGCUGGAGACACUGGUCCCGGUGAUUUUCCGUUAAAUGUAACGACUUUAGGAAACCAAGUGAAUGUGUCAACUGGCAUUGUGGAUGCUACUGUGGCUAAUACGAUUUACACUGACGGUGAACUGGCAGUUUAUCAAGUGGAUAAAGUGCUUCAACCUUUGAAUAUUUUUGCUUCUCCUUCGCCGGCAACAGCACCGGCUCCGGCGACGUUGAAUCUAAAAAAGAAAUCUCCGGCAGCGUUGAGUCCCAGCUCCGGCAGUGAUGAUGCGGUGGUAGAUCAUUCGGCUGCUGGUGGAGUUAGCGUGCAUGGCGUGGCGGUGUUGGGACUUGGAGGUUUCUUGUUUAUGUUUUGGUUGUGACGGUUGUGAUUGUUCGUAAGUGGUCAAAUUGUGGAAUCAACGGCUGUGAUCGUCAAUGACUACAUUUGAAUAAUUCCUCCUCUCUCCUCUUUUUUUUUUUUUUUUUUUUUUUUUUUUUUGCUUUCCUCUUUUCAAUUUGGAUGUUCAAGUGACAAGCUGUAAGAUACUGAGAAUCAAGUUUUGAAGUUGUCUACAUUUAUAUGUUUUUCAUUC